AUGGGCUUGGUUUUCCGGAAAGCCACGCAGUCCGCUGCACUUCUGCUAGCCCUGCUGGGAUGGGUUUUAGCCUGCCUCACCAACUACUUGCCCCACUGGAAGAACCUCAACCUGGACCUGAACGAGAUGGAAAAUUGGACCAUGGGGCUCUGGAAAGCCUGCGUCAUCCAGGAGGAAGUGGGGAGGCAAUGCAAGGACUUUGACUCCUUCCUGGCCUUGCCAGCUGAACUCCAGAUCUCCAGGAUCCUGAUGUCUCUGUCGAAUGGGCUGGGGCUGCUGGGGCUGCUGGGCUCUGGCUGUGGCCUGGACUGCUGGAGGCUUGGAGAGAGCCAGAAGGGUCUGAAGAGGCGGCUGCUCAUCUUGGGAGGGCUCCUGCUCUGGACUUCGGGCGUGAUGGUCCUGGUUCCUGUCUCCUGGGUGGCCCACGUGACGGUUCAGGAGUUCUGGGAUGAGACCCUGCCUGAGAUUGUGCCCAGGUGGGAGUUUGGGGAGGCCCUUUUCCUUGGCUGGUUUGCUGGCUUCUGCCUGGUGCUGGGAGGGUGGCUGCUCAACUGUGCAGCCUGCUGGAGCCCGGCUGCCCCCGCCUCUGGCCACUAUGCAGUGGCAGGAUUGCAAGACCACUGUCAGCAGCUGGAGCUGAAACACGCCAGCUCAGAAAUCUAAGCCAGAUGGAUCAGUGGCCUUUCUACUCUUCAGCAGGUGCUCGCUCCAGCCGGACUUGGACCUCACACACAUAGCCGUGCUUGGCAGCUGGGAGGAAGGACUAAGGUGCCUCCCCUCAACACACAAGAAAUGGUGCCGAUGGAGUGAAAAGCGGACACUGGACAGAGUUAUUUUAUGAUACAGCUCCCUUUACGAUUGGCUAGUUCCCUAAAAGACGAGUCAAGAUGUUAAAAAGGCCAGAGACUGUUGCCAUGAUUCCUGGGAGGCCACAGGACCCUGCUGAACCCUGCGAGGAUUUAACUACAUGGUCAGGUACAGCGCCUGCCUUCCUUGCUGACUGGACUGAGCAACGUGGCCACUGGGCUCCUGGCUUCGCAGCAGGCCUACUCCUGACCCACCUGCUGCUGCUCCUUCAUCUCUCACUGCCCUAGGCACCAAGGAGCACAUUCAGCUAUCAUAGAUGUCACAGUCCCUACACGGUGUGUCUUCCCUCAGUCCAACAUGUUCAUUCUCAUCACGAGCUUCGUGAUAUCAAUGGGUUGACCCCCCCCCCCCCAAAGAGGGGGCCUCACUGUGUAGCCCCAGCUGCUGUGGCUGCCCUGGAACUCAUUGUGUAGACUGGCUGGCCCUGAACUCAGAGAUCUCCCUGCCUCUGCCUUUGACCUGUUGGGCGUGUGCCAUCAUACCAGGACAGGCAGGGGGGUUUCUUAUGGGAAACAGCAGUGCUUAUGCGUUCUUUACUUUGGAUUUUAACAACGGGAAGAUGUUAAAGAUUGUCCAUGGUUGGCAGCACUGCUUUCUGUGGAAGGUGGCAGCAUGCUGGGCAGGAAGGGCCCUGCCACCACUCCAUGGCUACAAAAUCAAGCAGUAGCACUUCCGGCAAACAGCCACAGUGGCUGUCUGGCACAGUGGGCAGGAAAGCCCAGUCCUUUACCCAUACAUAUGGGACCUU